AAAUUAUUGAAAAUUGGGUAGUACUUUUAAGAGAUGAACAGCUUGAGGAGGAUUUAAAUCUUGAUAAUUUAGAUGAUAUAGUUUAUCUCACUACUAGUCAAAAUGCUAAAUGGCCUUUAUAA